CCACAACUGCGAUGACUACCUGCAACAUUCUCGUAUAUCGGAAACGAAAUUCGACAUCUAUGCUGUGAGAUUUGUUGAUUCAAAAGGAGCAUUUUGCAAGGAAACAUCUCACCAGCACCGUCAUGGAAUAGUCCAGGAAGCACGUGCUUCCACUUCUGGUCACCCAAAUGCGGUGACUAUAUCAUUCGACCAGUGUUCCGGAAUUUGUAAGGUGGGUGAGGAACACUGGCAUUACCUGAUGGAUGACCAGAUCAUCUCGGCGAUUCAGAUCGCUUACGAUCCUGCCUCCGAUCCCACUCUCAAGCGACAGGCAUUUGACUAUGUCAAUCAGCUGCGACAGGAACCCUCAGCAUGGCAGCCAUGCCUCUCCAUAUCACUCCAAAUCCCACGUCAGCCUAUGGUCAUCCGCGUCUUUUGCCUCGAUAUUGUCAACAAUGCCUUGCAAGCAGGACUGGUGGAUCAGGCAGGCUUGAAGACCAUUAAAGACCAGCUCAUGACAUACCUGCAAAAAUCCUACGGUUCAACUUCUGAGGAAGAGACUCCAGAUCCAGGCACCAUUGUCAAUAAAUUCGCUCAGACCGUAACUCUUCUCUUUGCUGCUUUCUACGGCUCCGGAUGGAAUACUUGCUUCGACGACCUCCUGGCUUUGACCUCAAGAGAGACUGGCUCGAGGUACAACUACCCGGGUGUAGUAUUCUACCUCACAGUACUCAACUCCAUCCACGACGAAAUAGGAGACAUUCUAUUAUCGAGAUCUCCCGAUGAGCAGGAGAGGGCAACCACACUGAAAGAUCUUGUUCGACAGCGGGAUGUCCAGAAAAUCGCGCGUUCGUGGGAAGAAAUCUUGUCACAAUGGAGAAGUUCCAAUGAUGUUGUGGCCGAGUUGUGCCUGAAGGCCGUGGGAAAAUGGGUCAGCUGGGUGGACAUCUCCCUCGUGGUGAACCAACAGAUGCUUGAAUUGUUAUUCCACCAGUUGGAGCGAGCUCAAAAGGUCAAUCCACGACCCGGCGAGGAGCUAGCCCGUGAUGCUGCCGUCGACGUCUUCACUGAGACCGUUGCGAAGAAGAUGCCUGCUGCGGACAAGAUCAACAUGAUCACCUUUUUGAACCUCGAAACUGUCAUCUCGCAGCUUGUCACAUGCCCACCCUUGAGGGAUAGCAGAGCGUCAAACUACGAUGUAGACCUCGCAGAGACUGUGGCCAAGCUGGUCAACACUAUAGUGGCAGAUCUCGUCAAGAUACUGGACACUGAGAAUCAGAGCUCCCCAACAUGGGCUAAAGCCGAGCAGCUUCUCGCAGCUUUCCUCCCCCAUCUGCUCCGGUUCUUCUCGGAUGUGUUUGACGAAGUCUGCUCAACUGUACUGACCGCCAUGAAUGACGUUCUUGCAUUCCUCCGACGGACAGGCGCAGACACAGGGUCCGACCAACGGGCAGCCAUGCUCCUGCCCAUCAUCAAAGCAAUUUUCACCAAGAUGAGGUACGAUGACACAGCCGAUUGGAAUCAGGAGGAUGAACAGACCGACGAGGCCGAGUUUCAAGAUCUGAGGAAAAGAUUGGCCUCUCUUCAGUCAGCCAUCGCUGGAGCCGAUGAGCGACUCUAUGUCGAAGCAAUCUCGACCUUGGUCCAUGACACGUUCCAAAGAUUAAGAACAGAGGGCUCGCAAUUGGACUGGCGCGACCUUGAUCUCGCCCUACAUGAAGUCUUCUUACUAGGCGACGUCGCAGGCAAAGGUGGUGGUCUGUAUCAGAAGAACAAACCGAAUUCUCCAGCAGCCGAAAAGCUAAUUCAAUUGAUGCUGGAGAUGGUUCAGUCGAAUGUCGGCUCUUUCGGCCAUCCUGCGAUUCAGCUGCAAUUCAUGGAAAUUUGUGUCAGACACAGCAGUUUCUUUGAGAAGCAGACUGAGUAUAUCCAGCCCGUCUUGCAAAAUUUUCUCGAACUUGCACAUCACCCAAGUCUAAAGGUCAAGGCUCGAGCAUGGUACCUAAUCCAACGGUUGAUUCGUCAAUUGCGGACCCACCUUGGAGAUGCUACCGAAGCAGUGGUACAGAGCCUACAGGACCUUCUUACUGUGCGUGCAGAGCUUCCGAACGAAUCAGACGGAGAUGAUAUGUCGUCGGACAAUGAGUCAACCACAGACUCGACCUUUCAGAGCCAGCUGUAUUUGUUUGAAGCUAUUGGAUGUAUAUGUGGCUCGACUUCAGCUGGACCGGACAAACAAGCUCAAUAUGUGCAAGUCAUUAUGCAACCUCUUUUCUCCGACAUCGAGCGCAACUUGGAGGCUACAAGAACUGGAAAUGAACUUGCGAACCUCCAGAUACAUCACUCAAUCAUGGCCCUUGGCACGGUAGCGCGAGGCUUUUCAGAGUUCACUCCGGGGUUUGCUUCGCAAGCUGUCGGGGCCGAGCCUACAUCUCAAGCCAAACAAGCAUUUGCUCAAGUUGCCGAAGCUACGUUGGUUACCUUGACCGCUCUUAAGUCAUCAUUCCAGAUAAGAACAGCUGCGAGAUUCGCCUUUGCACGUUUAAUCGGCAUCGUCGGCACACAAAUGAUGCAGCAAUUACCUCAAUGGGUGGAAGGCUUGUUAACGGAAUCUUCCACCAGAGACGAGAUGGCUCUUUUUCUACGAUUACUGGAUCAAGUCAUUUUUGGCUUCAAGAACGAGAUAUCGGAUUUCCUGGAUCGACUCUUCUCAGGCCUUCUUCAGCGAGUCUUUGCCGGGAUGUCUGCGGGCACCUCGGGCACUGACGACGAAAUCGAGUUGGCCGAGUUGAAGCGAGAGUACCUAAAUUUCUUGAUGGUUAUCUUAGGCAACGAUCUCGGAUCUAUCCUAGUCAGCGCCACCAACCAACCGAUCUUCGAGUCUGUAAUCAGCUCAAUAGAGCAGCUUGCAAGAGAUGUGGAAGAUUUCCCCACGGCGAAGAUGGCGUUCAUCCUGCUAUCCAGAAUGUGCACCGUCUGGGGUGGACCUGAUGUGGUCGCCGCCAAUGGUCCUGUCGGGGGCACUGUAACUGGGCCUCAGCCGGCUCUACCAGGAUUUGACCAGUUUAUGAUCACUCGGUUCUCCCCAUUGUGCUGGAGUUUACCGACUAAUCCAUCUUUCAACAGUAAGGAUGCACAGGCUCGCCAAGCACUUUCUGAAGCGGCCGGGUUACAGAAGACAAUCUACACCAAAACUGGCGAGCAAUAUUUGUCUUGGCUACAGGAAAACGAGCUCCGGACGAUGGGCAUGAAUGACACCAUGAUCAAUGAGUACUUACAGAAACUGACGACCUUGGAAUCUAAGGCGUUCAAGGCCUUUUUUGCCAAAUUCAUUGCACAGGGAGGACAGUUGUAAAAAGCGGGAGAUGCAUUAAGGAACGGAGUGACGUUGCAUGACCUGCAUAUGAUACCAAACACCAUUUGAGACGCGUUAUGCAGCAUCCACGAUGGUUGUGGCCAAUAUCGAAGAGCGCUUUUAAUACCUUUAGAAAAUAAAUAUUUU